UACAGUAUUAGAAUCUUAAAUGGUUAUCUGUACUCGAUAAAAAGAAUGGAGAGCUCUGCAUUUUUAAUGGAUUUCCUUGGAACUGUUUCAAUGAUGAACAAGGAAUUUAGUGGCCACUUAAAGCCCUAUCUCGCAAAACAAGUAUGGGGUUCAAUUGAUCGUAACAACAUUUUAGACAUUCUGGCACAUGUUCUUCUGGACUCUGCAGAUAAGAAUACAAUUUCUUCAGUAACGCGGUUACUUGGUCCUCUUGCUGCUGAUCUUAUUUACAGAUCUUUGGAAAUUCUUGGGGAUCUGGGUAAAUCUGGAAGUAGUUCUCAAGAGAAUUUUUAUGUGAUUUUGGGAGAGCUUUGUGAUAUCGCAAAUUCUCAUGCAAAAAGAGUGUCUUCUAGUAUGUGUUUGGAAGAAAAAAACCUAUGCAAUCCCUCCAUCAUUAAAAUGAAUGAUAUAGAUCACUCUCCUCUCAAAAAGAGAAAACUUGUUAAAAGUGUGUCAUUAAGUGAUGUCGUGUAUAGCAUGUAUCAGAUGAUGAAAUGUUCGCCUCAAAUUUCUCAUAAUAAUUGGCCUCGGAAGCAUUUUUGGGAAUGUGUUAAGGAAAAUGAGUCAACGUUAACACCUCUGGGGCGAUGGGCUUUAAUGAAUAUAUUGUCUGCCCUUUUUAAUUUUCAAACUAAACAGUUGAAAGCUAUACUUGUUUCUAAUAUUGGACACAAUUCCCUUCUUCAUUUACAAUAUGAAAUUUGCAAGAAAACUUCUGGAUCUUUAUAUAAGCAUAUCUCCAACACAGAUUCCGUGGCUCUUGUUUCUGUUGAAGGGGUUUCUGUAUCUCACACAAUGAAAAAGAUUUUAUGUUCAGAUUUGCAUUCAAAACUAGUAAUGGUUUGUGGAGUUGUUCUUCCCAAAGUAAAUUCUGUAGAGAUUAAACCAUAUUCAACUACACCAUCUCAAAUGAAAGUUGUAUUGACUAAAACUCUACAGAAUUGUUUGCAUUCUGUCGCCUUGGCAGUUUCCGAUUGGCAUCCAGUAAUUCUAGAAGGACCACCAGAUUGCGGGAAGUCUACACUAAUUGAAUAUCUUGCGCAUCUAACAGGUCAUGAUAGUUCCAAUUUCAUCAAAAUACAGUUGGGAGAGGGUAUUGACAGCAAGCUGCUAUCUGGGAUGUACAAAUGUACUGAUGUUUCAGGUGAAUUUGAGUGGCAACCCGGUGCACUUACUCAGGCUGCCAAGAAUGGAUACUGGGUUUUGUUGGAAGAUAUCGAUAAGGCUCCACUAGAUGUUGUUUCUUUGUUGCUUCCACUUCUUGAGAGUGGCCAGUUAAAUGUUCCUGGUCAUAGUAUAUCUGAUGGAAAUAAUAAUGUAUCAACCGGAUUUCAAAUAUUUAUGACUUGCAGAUCAGAUGGGAAAUCACUGCCUACUCCACAUUCAGAUGGUCGUUUAGGUGUUGCAAUGUUGAAACGGCAUUCACGACAUAUUUAUAUGGAUUCAUUGCUCGAAAGUGAUUUGAAAAGUAUUAUUGAUGAAAAAUAUCCAUUGAUACGUCAAUUUUCAGAAAAACUUUUGGAAAUCUACACGAGCUUAGAAAAUAUGUAUUCAGGAAUGUUUGCAAUGGAUUAUAAAUCGAAUAAUAGAACAGCUUCUGCACGAGAUUUGUUUAGAUUGUGCCACCGUCUUUCUUUACAUAUUUGUCCUGAAUCUCCAGACAAUGAACUUGGCCGCAUGUUGGCUUUGGAGGCAAUAGAUUGUUUUAUAGCAUCGUCAAUAAAUAAGAAUGAAAGAAAAGCUAAAAUUCAGUCAAUUCAUGCUUUGCUGAAUCUUUCUUCUGCAACUGCAGAUUAUUUUUGUCAAUCAUACAAUCCAGAAAUAAAAAUUCAACCAGAAAUUGCAAUGUUUGGUCGUGUUAAUUUGCAUAGGGAAAAAAAUGUGGGAGGAGGAAGCGUUAUUCAUCAAAAUUUUGCUAUAACAAGAAGCUCUGGUGUGUUAUUGGAAAGGAUUGCAUGCGCUGUUAAAAUGUGCGAGCCAGUACUACUUGUAGGAGAAACUGGUGUGGGGAAAACCAGUGCUAUCCAGUAUUUGGCAGAGCAAUGCGGUACUACUCUGCAUAUCGUAAAUAUCUCUCAGCAGUCUUCUUCAUCAGAUUUACUCGGUGCUUUUAAACCAAUACAGCCGAAGCAAUUGAUUUCUCCAGUGAGAGAUCAUUUUGAAGAAUUGUUUUUGAGGACAUUUUCACAAAAGCAUAACAUGAAAUUUUUAACCCAUGUGCAGGCAUGCUUCAUGAACAAGAGGUUUUCGGAUCUGCUCCAUCUCAUGACUCAUUGUGCAAAAAGCGCUGUUUCCAAACUCUCUAAAGAGUUGGAUACAAAUGGUGAGCUCAUUCAAGAAUGGACGUCAUUAAAUGAUAGUCUGAUAAAGCUGAAACAGCAAAUGAAAGCUCAAAAUUCCUUGGCUUUCACUUUUGUUGAAGGUGUACUGUCUCAGGCAAUACAAAGGGGUGAUUGGCUUUUGAUAGAUGAAAUCAAUUUAGCACCACCAGAAACCUUGGACUGCUUAAAUGCUGUUUUGGAGUCCCAUGAAGGAUCCAUUUCUCUUCUUGAAAUGGGAGAUACUAAGCCAAUCAAACGAAAUCAAAAAUUCAGAAUUUUUGCUGCCAUGAAUCCAGCCACAGAUGUUGGAAAGAAAAACUUGCCAGUGAGUAUACGGAAUAGAUUUCUUGAACUAUUUGUUUCUGAACCAGAUGAUGAUUCUGACCUCUUUAUUCUAAUAUCACAUUAUUUAAAAGGAAGAAACAUUCCAAAUAAUGAUUUAGUGAAUGGAAUAUUAUUAUUUUAUCGUCAAGUUUGUGAAUUUUCAAGAUCUAAAAUUGCAUUGGGGAUGAAUGCUCAACCAAUAUUUUCACUGCGUUCAUUGUGUCGUGCUCUACGCUAUGUUGUGGACCAUCCCAGAAUGACGUUGACUCGAGCAUUAUAUGAAGGGCUUAGUUUAGCAUUCCUGACAGAAAUAGAUCACACUAAUUAUGAAGUUGUUAUACAGCUUAUUGUAAAGUAUGUGAUUGGAAAAAACAAAUGGAAACCUCUGUUAAAAGUUCAUAUUCCGUCACCAGAAUAUAAACAUGCUUCGGUUGAAGGAUAUCACAUAAGGUGUGGUAGUCUUGAGCCAUAUUCUGAUCCAAAAUACAUUAUCACACCAUUUGUAAGUAAACAUAUUAAAAUUCUUGCAAGAGCUGUGGCAUAUGGAAAGUAUCCAAUUCUAAUCCAAGGGGAGACUUCAACGGGUAAGACUAGUAUAAUCCAAUAUUUAGCUGGACUGACGGGAAAUGUUGUUGUCAGAAUAAAUAACCAUGAGCAUACAGACCUGCAGGAAUACAUUGGCUCUUACUCCUUGGAUGAAAGCGGGAAAUUUUAUUUUCAAGAAGGCCCACUCGUUACUGCAAUGAGAGAAGGUAAUUGGAUUAUUCUUGAUGAACUUAAUCUAGCCCCCACUGAUAUAUUAGAAUCAUUGAAUAGGGUUUUGGAUGACAACAGAGAGCUUUUUAUUACGGAAACACAAGAACGAAUUGUAGCACAUCCCAGGUUCACUCUUUUUGCUACCCAGAAUCCACCAGGUUUGUAUGGAGGUAGAAAAGUCUUAUCCAGAGCUCUGCGGAAUCGUUUUAUUGAACUGCAUUUUGGUGAGAUACCACCAAAUGAGAUAAAUACAAUUCUUCAUCGAAGAUGCGACUUGCCUGUAUCUAGAUGCAAUCGUUUGGUUCGAGUGAUGCAAGAUUUACAGGAACAUAGACGUUCAAGUGGAAUUUUUUCUGGCAAGUAUGGAUUCAUCACAAUAAGAGAUCUUUUCAAAUGGGCAGAACGAUAUAGACGAGGAAAUGAAGAAGACCCUGGGUCAGUAAUUAAUGACUGGGAUCAACAAUUGGCAAAUGAUGGAUAUCUUCUUUUGGCUGGACGUGUUAGAAAAGAAGAUGAAAGAGUUUUGAUUCAACAAAUAAUACAAAAACACUUCGGAAAAGAAAUAUGCAUGGAUCAGUUAUUUAGUGCAGAAAUUCUUAAAAAGAUUGUUGGAAAAGUACCUACAGAGUUUAGUCACAUUGUGUUCACUAAACCAUUGCGUAAGCUAAUCAUCAUGCUCCAUAGAGCUCUCAAAUUUGAUGAACCUGUACUAUUGGUUGGAGAAACUGGAUGUGGUAAGACUACGGCGUGUCAACUUGUUUCUGUGAUUGAAAGUUCUAGCGACUUUUGCACUAUCAACUGCCAUGCUCACACAGAUGCAUCUGAUUUCAUAGGUGGGUUACGACCAGUUCGUGUUUCAAAGGAUUCUGAUAAUGGCGAUGAUAACUCCAAAUUAUUUGACUGGGUAGAUGGCCCUCUCUUACAAGCAAUGUGUCAUGGUAAAUACUUACUGAUUGAUGAGAUAUCACUUGCUGAGGAUUCUGUAUUAGAAAGGCUUAACAGUGUCCUAGAACCCGCAAGAAAACUGGUUGUUCCCGACAGAGUUGAGCAAAGUUGUACCGUAUCAAUAUUAACUGUUGAAGCAAAAGAAGGAUUUCAAUUUAUGGCAACCAUGAAUCCAGGAGGUGAUUUUGGCAAAAAAGAGCUUUCUCCUGCCUUACGAAACAGACUUACAGAAAUUUGGUGUACAGUGGCAGAUGAGGCUGAUGAAGAUGUCAAGGAUAUCAUGCGCCACAAUCUUAAAUUCUCUUCUGAAAUAUCAGAAGUGUUUGCUGAUAUGAUGGUAAAGUUCAUCAAGUGGUUUGUUUCUACCUCUUUUGGAACCAGGUAUAACAAGUCAAUACGUGAUGUUGUGAAAUGGGUUGCUUUUUGUAAUGUCUGUGCUCAAUCGAUCAAACCUCUUGAGUAUAUUCAAAUUCUAGCACAUGGGGCAUUGCUGGUUUUCAUAGAUUCUGUUGGUUCAGGGAUGUCUGAUAACACAGAGAUCCGUAAUGAAGCUAGGAGAGCAUGCAUAUCAAAGCUAUUGGAGUUACUUUCUCACUCUACACUUGACAAUUAUGUUACAGAACUGAGCAAACAGCAGCUGAUGGACUUUAGCCAAGGUACUGCCAAGAGUGGGGUUUCUCUCUCAGCUGAUUGUUUUGGAGUUGGACCGUUCUCCAUUUUGAGAGGACCAUCUGAACCAAUUUUAAAUGAAUAUUGUUUCAGUGCUCCAACAACUUCAGUAAACACCCUUCGUUUGUUACGAGCUCUACAAUUGUCUAAUCCCAUAUUAUUAGAGGGUUCUCCAGGAAUUGGUAAGACAAGUUUGGUUAUGGCACUGGCCCGAGCUGCUGGCCAUAAUAUUGUUCGAAUAAAUUUAUCAGAGCAAACAGACAUUUCUGAUUUGAUUGGUGCUGAUUUGCCGGUUGAUGAAGGAGUGGGUGGACAAUUUUGUUGGAGAGACGGCCCUUUGCUGUUGGCACUUAAACAAGGAUCCUGGGUUGUUUUUGAUGAGUUAAAUUUGGCGUCACAGUCAGUACUUGAAGGUUUGAAUAGUGUUUUUGAUCAUAGAAAUGAAAUAUUUAUUCCUGAACUGGGAUCUACUUUCAAUGUCAAAAGUGAGCAGACACGCAUUUUUGCCUGCCAAAAUCCAUUUCAUCAAGGUGGUGGUCGGAAAGGUUUACCGAAAAGCUUUUUAAAUAGGUUCAAUCAAGUAUACAUGGAUCCAUUAUCAAAAGAAGAUAUGGUAUUGAUUCUUUCAUCUCAAUUCCCUAAGAUUCCAGUUGAUAUGCUUUACAAAAUGAUUUGUUUUAAUGAAAGUGUAAAAGAACAAAUUGUUAAUCGACAUCAGUGGGGUCAUGUUGGCGGACCCUGGGAAUUUAACUUGCGGGAUAUGAUAAGAUGGUGUGAACUGAUUUUAACAGCCCAUAAUGGAUUCUAUCCAGAAAAGUUUGUAUAUCUUAUAUACUGUGAGAGAUUGCAAAGUGUUCUUGAUAGACAAAAAAUGUUCUCUUCAUUCUAUGAGGUUUUUGGAAAGAAAGCUUAUCGACCAUCAUGCAUUUUCCAUUUAUCAUCUAAUGUCUUGCAAAUUGGUAAUGUGACUUUGGAACGAGAAGAAGUUGUCGUUGGAGAUAAUUUGGAUGCUUUGAUUUUUCCCAGCAGACUGCACUCAAUGGAAGGAUUAAUGACGGCUAUUAAAUUAGGUUGGAUGUGCAUACUAACAGGGCAUUCUGGAUCAGGCAAAACAACACUUGUGAAAACUCUAGCUUCAUUGAUUGGACACCGGCUUCGCACUUUUUCUGUUAACAGUAGCAUGGAUGCAACUGAGCUGCUUGGUGGUUUUGAACAAAUGGACUCUGUGAGGCAUUUAGGUACUAUAAUUCAAUGUUUGAUGGAUGCAUGUAUGGAUGUAUUCAAGGCAAAUAACAAAUCAUUUGUGUUGAUGUCUGAUGAUGUCUCGAAUGCUCUUCAGAUAAUGGAUGAUUUGAAGGAAAUUCGGACCAAAAUUAUGGAGACAACAAGUGGUGCUUCUGCUCUGAUUCAUGCAAACUCUAUACUUUCCUAUAUUGAUUGGCUGGAGUCAAAAUUUGGUAUGGAUGAUUCUAUGACCAAAUUGAUAUGCGGUGUAAAACAAUGUCGUAAAAAAUUACAGUCAGUCACCAAAAAAAUUAAUGAAUCAAAAGGCUGCUUUGAAUGGGUUGAUAGUGAAUUAAUAAACGCGCUAAAGAGUGGAGAUUGGCUACUCAUCGAUGGAGCGAAUUUAUGCAAUCCAUCUGUUCUUGAUAGACUAAAUGGCCUUCUUGAAUCGAAUGGAGUUUUGUCCGUCACUGAACGUGGAAUUGUUGGCGGUUCAUUCGUAGAAAUACGUCCCCAUCCUUCUUUUCGCUUGAUACUUUCGCUAGAUGCAUCUGAAGGUAACUUGUCGAGAGCAAUGAGAAAUAGGGGAUUGGAAAUUCAUUUGCUUUCUGAUAGGUCCAGUCAAGCUCGUGCUUAUAAGACUGCAGGAAUAAUGAAUUGGGAUGAAGCAAGACUGAUUGUGUUUUCCAAGUUAUCACCUGUUGUACCCAAUUGCAUUAUUUCAUAUCUGUUGAAUCUGUUCCAAACAGCCCAAUCAUCAAAUGUAAAUUCUGCUUAUAAUGGAAUGAUGAACUGCAUAAAAUGUUCCAGAGAAGUAUUUGAGGAACUUAAAACUGGUAAUGAUAUUGUUUCCUGUAUUCUAGCUGUAUGCCACCGAUAUUUGCCUCGAAAUUAUAGAGUAGAUAAUAUGCGAGAAGAUUUAGAGACAUGUGCAACAACGGGGGAUACAAAUUUGACCAAUGAUUUGCCAAUAAUGCGAUUAGAAAAUUUUCUUCAUAGCACUGAUGCCGCAAGAGUUUUUCAUCAAGCACAAAUGUUUGAUUCAAUUAAAAGACGUGCUUCACAAACAAAUUGUUCACUCGAACAAUUAUUUCAUAGGGCCUGCAAAUUAUUUUUACAUCUUUCAUCUUACAAUGACUACAAAAUUAGAAUUCAGUUGCUUGAUGAUUAUUUUUUUAAUAACGAUGGAACCGCUGUAAAAUAUUCAAAAGCAAUAGAAAAUGUUUUAUCAAAUACAUUUUUCGAUUCUUAUAAAGAUGAAUAUUUGGAUCUUUCAUGGGAUCUCCGAUGGUCAAGUCGGAUAUUGGAUGCUAUGAAUUUUCAGUUAUGCCCAGAAUAUUCAUGCAAGAUGAACAUACUCAACUUAGUAUUCACAGUUACAAUUCAUCAACAAGAUCUGAACACAAAAUUGAAUUCAAUACUCAAGUUGUUGCGAAACAACUAUUCGAGGAAGAAAAAGUCCUCCAGAGUGAAGAAGACUGCUCAGUCACAGUCUGACAUCAGUGUAUUGGUCAAGUCCUCACUUUACCACAGUGGUGUUAUCAAGCUGCAAGAGUUGCCACAUCCCGCAAUUGCAUAUUUAUAUCCACUAUACCAGAAUCUUCUUUCUUCUUUCCAGCAUAUUGUGGUAAUGCAAAGUGAUGUUGGAAUAUUGGAACUCAUUGCAAGUGUUGAAAAAAUAUUUGAAAUUGCAAAAAUUUGGGAACAGUUUAUGGAAACAGUGAAGUUUGACUUGGUUGAAUUUUUCAUUUCUUUAAAAAGGUUGCAAACUUGUUUGGAAUUUUUUAAGAUAAACAGUGAGAAAUCUGUUUUAAUUUAUGCCAAAAUUGAUGACAUGUUCAAUUCCAUGAAUCAAUUUUCAGACUUAGACUGGGCGACAGUUUCAACUCAAAAUAAAAUCAGACUAUUUCUUGCAAAGUUCUUGCUUGGUUCUCUUCCUUGUCAAGAUGAAAAUGAUUUGUUAUGUUUAUGCAAAGCGAAAACACUCUUGACUAAGAUGUCAGACACAAGUUUGCGAUUGAAGCAAAAUAACAGUAUAGUUCCGGCUAAUUUCCACUUUGCAGUUGCAAAAUUAUGUGAUGCAUUAUCAACAAUAAGUAUAUUUCAGAUUCCUCUCAUGAAUGAUCAAUGUCAUGUUUCAAACCUGUUAAAAUCUAUUGAAGAUGAAAUAAAUGCUUUUGACUAUUCACCUCAUAUUGAAUUGAAAGACGAAAAUAAUGACACUGUUCAGCUUCAUAAGAAUAAUGGAUUUGAACAUGUUUCAGAGCUUGUGCCACUGAUGCAUCAAAUGAUUUCAACGAAUUUGAUUAAUCUGAUGACAUGGUUGGCAUUAUCUGAAGGAAAUGCUAAUGAUGUUUUUACUCUGGUCUCAAACUUUAUAGACCAUACUUACAAAAUUCUUCUUAACAUGAAAAUUUCAAAUAUAAAGGUUUUAACUGCCAUUCAGUGCAUUCAAAAAAGUAUGCAGUUUCUGGAUUCAAACAAAAAUUGUAUUGCCCUCAUGCGAAAGCAGAUUCUUACAACUCUAAUUACUGUUGUAACUGAGAAUAAUAUUUCUGAUUUAUUGCGUGAUAACAGAACUGUUUCAUCUGGUGCUUCCUUGUUAUUGAAACCAUACUUUACAAAAGCUUCAUUGGAAGUGAUUUUUAAAACUAUGCCUGGAGGCGUCAAGACUGUCAAGUACAAUAAUUCAUGUUCAAUUGAUAUCGGUAAUAGUUAUGUCCUGUUAUCAGAAAUUGAUCACAGAGUAAAAGAGAUAGACUUGCUGCAACAUAUGCUUUGGACAUAUUCAUCUGUUUUAUGUACACCAGCUUAUGCUGUUAUCGAUCAUAAUAUAUUACAGAAUGUAUUUGCAUAUCUGACAUAUUUCAAAAGCUGUCUUGAUACCCUCAUUACUAUGAAAGGUGCACUCAUGCAUGUAAUUGAGGAAGACACAAUUUCUACCUUGAAUGAAAUUAUUAAAGCAUUUAAUUGUUCCACCGUUGUCCACAAACAUGCGGAAGGUUUGUGCCAUUCUGUUACUGCUCUAUCCAAUGAAGUAAGUAGCAGACUUCAAAAUAUAGGGUCUAGGGAACAACUUAACAAUGGAUGGAUGAAAGAAAUUAAAAAACUUUUUAUAAAUGUUGUUAAAUGGACCAAUUCUCUUGUGAAUGCUGUCUUCAUUCCCACAUUGGAAGUGCCUUAUAAUUGCAAAAGAUUUGUAACAUUAUGUAACAACAUGUUGGGUAUGGCAUGGUCAUGGGCAGGCUUGCUUUCAUUUACCCUUGUUUCACCACAAAAUGAUGUUGAUCCUGUUGUAAUAUACAAGUCCAAAUGCAAAAUUUUAAAUCAACACACUGAAGAGAUAGAAAAUGAAAUUCAAGUUUUUUCAAUAUAUCAUGAAACAAUGACAGGUGAACUUUUAUACUCUGAUAUUGAUUCAUCAUUAUCAGAUCCCCAUAUCCAUCCUUAUUUGCUUGGUAGAUUUCAUAGAAUGCAUGAAUUGAAACAAAAGCUAAAGAAAACAAUGCCUAAAAGUGCCACACGCCCGCCUUCAAAUGAGUUCAGAGACCUUACUGCUUACUGCAAGCAAAUACAACAUGGGAUUAUGUCAUCCAGUACUUUGACUGAUACACUCACAACAUUCGAGAGUUGGGCCACCAGCUUAUUACAUAAUGACGUACCAAACGUCACUAUGGAAAAGGCAGAGCAGUUCUUGAAAUCAUUCGAUGGAAUUCAAAGAAAUAUCCAGGUUUCAGCACAAACGCUUGAUCAGAAUUAUUUUGGUUUCCCUGAUUACGUUAUACCGCUUCAAGAUUCUCUGAAUUCUGUGCAAAUUGGCUUAAGUAUGCUUCAACACUCUGUUAAUGUUUUGCAAUGUUUCGAUGUCGAAGCCAGAAUGAAUGUAACACAUGAAGAAUUUUUUCCUGCUUUGAUGGGUAUAAAUGCAAAAUCUAAUCUGACACCUAUACAGCUUAUUAAUUUUGCCAAAUAUCUACAAAAAAGCAAUCUCGAAGAUGAACAUGUAUCAUCUCCUACAAUUGUUGAAAAUGUCAUUGUAUCUUUGCUACUGAAGUACAAAAAUAUUGUUCUUUUUGAAGGAAUUUCUUCUUCACACUUGCAGCAUUUACUUCAACUUUUUGACUAUGUUGGUUUGGAAUGGAAAAUAGAACAAGAUAGAAAAGCAAAAAUUGCUGAGGAAAAAAUCUCCAUAUACAAAGCGAACAUCCAUAUGGAUGAUGCCAAUGAAGAUGAAGAAGAUGAACAAAAUUUUCAGAAAAUGUUUGGGAAGCCUCAAGAGACACCUUUAACAUACAAUGAUCAAAAAUCGCAAAGUGAAUGUCAAUUUUCAGAAAAUAUUUGGCAAACCGCAAUGGAAGUGUACAGUAGUGUGAUGCAAAUAAUAGGUUCAUACACUGAUGAGAGGAACCAUAGAAAAGAUACAAAUAAAGAUUCCUCGGCACCUGAUUCAUGUGAAAGCAAUGUCAUCGAUAUCUCAAUAUCAUCAAAAUAUUCUCUCAGCAGCCUUCAUGAAUCUUUCAGGCUCGCAUCUUCGAAUAUGCAUAAUAUGGGCAUAGAUAAGAAUAUUCUGAGCGCAAAUUUGAAUAUGAUCAAACACAUUAAAGACAGUUUGCAAAAAGAUCAGAAUGAAUCGAAUGAUUUUUAUAAUGUUUACAAAAUGCCACAUGUUGGAGAAGUUUUACAAUGCCUUCCAGUUCUCCGGCAAUUAAUGAACAGGAUUUAUUUAGAAUUAUUAAAAGAGUGGCCAGAGCACCCUACCUUGCUGAGGAUCGGUGAAAUAUUAUCUCGAAUAAUGAACUUAUCUGCAACCCUACCGCUAAUCAAUUAUAUAUUAGGACUAGAGACUUUGGUUGAAGUUAUACAGGAGUGGGAAAAGAAUGCCACAAGCAGUGUUUCAUUGCAAUCUUUUUUGGAACAAAUUACAGGAUUUGUGUUCAAAUGGAGAAAGAUGGAACUGAAUGGUUGGAAUAAGUUACUAGCAGAUGAAUUCCAAAAACUAAGUUGCAUGAAACCAUCAUUAUUCUUUUCUCUUUACAAACUUAUCCAGAAUCCCAUUGAUGAUGCAGAUAUAUCAGACUUUAUUACUCAUUUGGAGCAGUACAUGGAAUCCUCGUCAAUAUCACAGUUUUCUUCGAGACUGCAUAUGCUACAUAUAUUUGGACAAUAUUUAAGUAUAAAAGGUCAACAAGGAAGUAAUAUUUCUAUCUGCUUGAAGAAUGUUCAUGAUUACUAUGUACAAUAUCUCAAUUCUGUAAAUGAACGCAUACAGGCACUGAGUCAACCAAUUGCAAAGGAACUGACAGAUUUUGUUAAAAUUACAAGAUGGAGUGAUCAAAACUUUUUUGCAAUGAAAGAGACUGUUGAUAAAACACAUCGUCAUCUGUUCAAAUUUGUCAAAAAAUUUAACCAGGCAAUGUCUGAGGGAGUGCAAUUUAAAAUUUUAGUUCAAACUUCUUCUGCAACAGAAAGUUCCUCAUUUGCUCUCAAACCACUUCUAUCAGGCAAUGCAAAAAUUACCUGUGUAAAUGUUGAGAUAGAAAAUACAGAUUCAAUUGUUUGCUUCGACAAAAUUUCAAAUUAUUUAAAAGAUAAAUCACAGUCUGAUGAGCAUGCUAAAUAUGAUGUGCUUCAUCGUCUAAACUUUUUGAAACAGAAACUCCUCUGUGUUUGUGCAGAUAGUAAGGUUGAAAUUGGUUAUCUUGAUAAAGGUCUCAUUUCGAUUGAGAAUUUUAUCAAAGAUGUCAUUGAAAAUGCAAACCACCUUAAAAACUUGCAGCCGAGCACUCCUCUACCAAAGCAAGGCGACGAAAGUACGCAUAAAAAGAGACUCUCAGAGAUGAAGAAUAUUAAGCUUCGUAAGCAAAAGGCUUUAAAUGACUUAUUCAAAAAUCUCAAGCAACUUGGUUUUUCGUACAAAAAGGGUAUCUUUUUUGGUCAAAACUUGUCAUCAUUGGAUCUACUCAAGAGUCCUGUGUACUCUGAUUCUUCUGGAAAAAUAGCAACAUCUAUAAAAAUUGUGGACUCAGGGAGAAUAUCCAUUGUAAGAGAUAUCAAAUUAUGCUCAGUUAGUUAUCAAAGAUACUUUUUCUCCAAUAUUGCCAAGUGGUCCACUUUCUCAUUGUCAUCGAGCAAGCCUCAUAAGGACCUCACACGAUCAAAUGUAGAGCGUGCUCGUGGUUUUAUAGGAUGCUUAAUGGAACUUUCUUUGUCUCAGAAAAAGGAAUUAUGUUCCACGCUCAUGGCUAAAAUAAAGCUUGACAAAUCGGUCAAACUAUUAGAGAUCGUUCGGAAUGUACUUUACUGUAACUGUCAGUCUGAAACUGCUGAACUGAUUAGAGAAUCCAAAAUAUUAGUUGAUGAUUGGUGCAUGCUUCUGCAUGAAUUAAUGCUCUGGUUUGAUUGUUGCCCAAAACAUCGGAUUCACAAUGACGACUCUUCCGAUCCUUUGUAUGGUCAGUCAGUGAAGUUUAUACUACAUGGAGACCAAGUAUGGCUACAAUCAAUGGACAUAAUAAAAAAUUGCAUUGAGGCCGCUCAUAAUGCAAAAAAAAUUAUUGAUGGGAAAGUUGAAGAUAUACUGUCAAGUUCUCAGAUUUGUCUGGUUACAGUUGUAGAAAUGAAAUCUUUAUCUGAGCAGAUGUGUAAAAUGUCUUUGAUGUCUAAAGAUCUUUCCGGUUUCCUACUAAAAACGUUUUCAAACUGUUGUUCACUUAAUUUGACUCCAAAGCUAGUAUCGGAUAUUUGUGACUUUACAGAUGUUUGGGAAAACCACAACGUCAAGAUUAAUGAAUUGUCUGAAAUUUCUCCUAAAGUAUUACCCAACUCUGAUGAAAUCGUCACAGACAUUCUUGAAAAUACAAAUACUCUCAUUUCAACAAUUUUGCUUCGUAUUCAGAACACAAAAAAAUAUAUUCGCACUUUUCCACAGUUUGAUGAGUUACCUGGUCUUGAGGAUAACCUAUUCACAAAAAAUUUGCAUGAUAAAGUCAUUGGCAUGAUUCAAACAUUAUGUGUUUCAGAUACUUGUGAAAAUAUUUCUCAUUUUUCAGAUUUGGUAGCACAAUGGAUAUCUACUAAUCAUAGAAAUUUGGCAGAAUCGGCUUCAGAAUCUGUACAUUCAGUGAUACAAGAAUAUCGGGCCAUACUUGUUGUUGCACUGACAUCUCUUGAAGGACUUCAUCAUACCACAUCAAAGUUAUGUCAUGUUUUGGGCAAGAUUUUUAUUAAUUUAUGCCAGAAUGGAUUCUGUACGCCACCAGAAAUGGAAGAGCCUGUCGAUGAAGAUAUGACGGAGCUAGGAGAUGCAGAAGGUGGUGGAGUUGGAGAUGGCGAAGGAACUAAUAAUGUAUCCGAUGAAAUAGAUGAAACCAUGCUAGAAGAAGCUGGUGACAAAAGUGAGGAAAAAGAUAAUGAAAAUGCAGAAAAAGAUGGUGAUGCUGUAGAAAUGUCAAAUGAUUUUGAUGGUGAACUUGGUGAUCAUGUUGAUCAGAAGUCGGACAAUGAAUCAAAUCAAGAAACUGAUGAUGAGGAUGAAGACAUUGAGAAACAAAUGGGUGAACUCGGUGAAGAUGAAAUAGAAGAUAAGCUUGAUGAACAAUUUUGGGGUUCAGAAGAGGAAGAAGAAUUAAAUGAGUCAAAUAAGAAAGAAGAAAAGGGGAAAGGGAUGGAAAAAUCUGAAAGUGAACUCGCUGCAAAAGAUAGUGAUUUGAACGAAGAAGAAUUGCAAGAACAAGGUGAUAAAGAUGAAGAUGACAGACCUUGUGAUGAUGCAGAAUUUGAUCCUUCAGAGAAUGACUUAUAUAAUGAUGAAGAUAAAGUACCUGAACAAAAUGAGAAUAAUUUUGACAUAGCUGAUGACUCGAAAAUUGAUGAUCAGGAAGAAGAUAACAAUGAAGUUGAUGAAGAAGUUGAAAAUGAGAAUUUUGAUUUACCUAAUAAAGACAUGGAAUCUGAUGUGAAUGAGGAGGGAGAAUUAAAUGAGCAGAAUGUUGCUGAAAAAUUGAACGAGGAAGAUCUUCCAUCCGAUGAUGAGGAAUUGAAAGAGGAGAAUGCUUUCGAUGCACAGGCCUCUUUGGAGGUUGAUGAUAAUAUGACCAAAGAUCAUAAUGAUAAUACAAUAAAUGAAAAUCAAUCGAAAAGCGAGAUCGAACAUAGUGGUGAUGUAGAACAUGACAACACACCACCAGAAAAUCCUGAACCACAAAGUUUUCGCAAUGAGGGAAAUGCACCAUCAGAUGGUAACUGGGAUGAUACAAAUAUGCAAAGUUCUUGUGCUGCUUCUCAAAGCAGAAAUGAUAAUGUUGACACAAAGAUAAACACUAAAAGGAGAGAGCCAGAUUCUCUCAAUUCUGAUCCAGAACCUCUAACAAAUGAAAGUAUUGAAAAAAGACUGAAUAUUGUUGAUGCUGUUGAUGUUGGAAAAGACAUCAAGGAAAAUACUGAAACUGAUCCCAGAGGCUUAGACUCUGAUGCUUUUCAGCAUAUUGAUUCUCCUACAGCGGGGUAUGAUAAAAAGACUCUUGAUUCUGUACAGCAAGACCUACCGAAGAAGAUGGAUAUGAUCGAGGAAGAGGUCGGUGAGUUAGAAUGCCAAGAUUUAAUGGACUGGGAUGAAUCUGCUCAAGGUGAUGAUAAAACGAUGGAUGAUGAAACAAAAAAUGUUCAAAGGAAACACUAUUUCCAGUUAUCAGAGAUACACACGGAUAUCACGAAAGGUAACCAUAUGGCCAACACUACUCAGAAGACCGAUGAACAAUUAAAUGAAAUGAGGCUGGAGCUGGAAAAUCAACUGCAGUUAUGGAGAAAAAAGAGUAACAUGAUAGAUUUGCAUGAGGCAGAAAAUGCGUGGGAAUGUUAUUGCAAUUUAACAAGACCACUUGCAAUUGAACUUUGUGAGCAACUCAGGUUGGUCCUUGAGCCAACAAAGGCAUCUCAAUUGAAAGGUGACUACCGUACUGGUAAACGACUAAAUAUACGGAAAAUAAUCCCAUAUGUUGCAAGUGGGUUUAGAAAGGACAAAAUUUGGCUAAGGAGAACAAAGGCAAAUCGAAGAAUGUAUCAAAUUAUGUUAGCUGUUGAUGAUUCAUCAAGUAUGAUCGAUAAUCACACAAAGCAGCUUGCAUUUGAAUCUGUGGCAGUUAUAUCUGGUGCAUUAUCAUCAUUAGAAGUAGGUCAACUCGCAAUCUGUAGCUUUGGUGAACAAGUUCAGUUACUACAAAAUUUUGACGACCCAUUGUCAACAAAAAGUGGUGCAACUAUAUUAUCUAAAUGUACUUUCACACAAAAGAAAACAAAAAUUGCAGAAUUCUUAGAAUUCAGUACCGAUUUUCUGCAAACAGCAAAGCGAAGAUAUUCUUCGAAUGCUCAUCCAAAUAUUUCUCAACUAUUAUUGAUAAUAUCCGAUGGCAGAGGACUGUAUUUGGAAGGCAGAAAGCGUGUUUUAGAAGCAGUGGGCGACAUUAAAAAGUCGAGAGUAUUUGUAGUGUUCAUUAUUCUCGACCAACCGAGCAUGUCUCAUGGGUCAAUCACUGAUAUUAAAGUUCCGGUUUUCAACAAGCCUGGAGACAUGCCAGAAAUUCGAUCUUAUAUGAAGGAUUUUCCAUUUCCAUUCUAUUUGAUCCUAAGAGAUGUCAACGUACUUCCACAAACUCUUGGUGAUGCCCUGCGACAAUGGUUUGAGUUAGUUGUUGGAUCUGAAUGAUACUACAAUACUUAUCUCAGGAAUUUCCAUAAUACUGGGUGCAUCAUACAAAGUGUGACUGGAUUGUUGCAGCUCGUGGAAUUCAUCACAUAAAGUAGCUCCAGAUUGUGUUAGGCCGAAGUAAUGAAAAUACACUGGAAUUUAUAUUGUUCAUAUGACUGCUGUCCUGCUGUUUUUUUUCAUUGAUCAUAUUUCUUCAUGAGAUUGAACAUACUGCCAUGAAACAGCUUUUUAUUUCUUGAAAAAUAAAAAUCGUGACCUUG